CGCACUGACCCCUUUCUGCUUUCUGCACCCCGCUUCGAGGAUGCGAACUGCUGAGCAGACACUUCACGACCGAGUUAACCUCCCGAGGCUUGUAAAACGACUGGAACGCAUCGUACAAGACGACUGGCGUGAGGAUGGUCCCACUAACCCGGAUUCUUGGGUCAAAGCCAGGGUUACGCUACAGCAAAUACGGCAUGCUCGCGGCCUACUGAAAAAGGUGGAAUUGGAUGUCGCGGCCGUCACACCAGUGUCAGAACAAUAUUAUGAGCACAUCAAAAAUACCCUCCAACGCCUCGAGACUUAUAUGCUAGGGAUUGAAAAGCAACUUGUCCCACCUCUUCAACGACCUCAUCCCAUUCUUCCUUCAAUUCCACCUCCAGAACCGAAGCUUUCUAUCACAGAACCAGUCAAGACGGAGAGCCCAUUUGUUGAGACCAUUCCUGACCAUCAUCAUCUACCUCCGGUGGAGAUGGAAAACCUUCUACCUGCAACGUCUGAUAUAACUGCAAUCCCUCCAUCAGAAAAUGUGCACGUAGCAUCCUUCCAUCCUUCCGCAGUCUUACCGUCUCCGUCCAAUAUCACUGCUGCACCUGCGAUUCUUCAGAAUUCACGUGCAGUGCAAGAGGAGCUUUCGGAACAACUCGCCCUUAUGGCCAGGCAGCUGCGCAGAAACGCAACCCACUUCUCUGAUUCCCUAGCUAGGGAUAAAGUGGUAGUGGACGCAACGCAAGAGAAGAUGGAAGGUAAUUUUGAUUUAUUGAAGAAGGAAAGGAUUCGGCUUCGAGAUUUCCGUGGUAAGAGCGGUGGAACUACGUGUUUGGUCAUCAUGAGUAUCAUUAUUGUCGUGAUUGCCUUCAUCUUAAUGGUGUUCGUUAUCCGUGUCACUUAA